UUGUGUAGAAUUUUAACCACAUGUGAAAAACAUUAAUUUUAACUAAAAAUGAACAAAUUGAUUAACCAUUUAUUUAAGAGCACCAUGGUCUUGUGCCAUCGGUCUCAUAAUGCAGUAAUUAAUGCUUCAGCUAUCGCAGUAAAAAGAGAUUUUCAUACAACACAUACGGCGCAAGACUUGAUGGAAUUCUUUGAUGACAAGAAAAAUUGGUCUGAGACUAAUAUCAGAGUUGGGAGAGGUUGGAAAUUAGACGAACUCAGAAUAAAAUCCAAUACGGAUUUACACAAACUAUGGUAUGUAUUACUAAAAGAGAGGAACAUGCUGUAUACAAUGGAGCAUGAAUGUAAAGAACAGGUUAAAUUGUUUCCUAAUCCUGAACGAAUUGAUAAAGUGCAAGAGUCGAUGAAUAAUAUCGAAACAGUAAUUAAAGAACGCAAUGUUGCAUACUAUAAAUUGGAAACUGGGGAGACAGGGGAGAGGCCAGUAGAGGAUGUUGUCAGUCUAAUUGGACUUCCAGAAAAAUAUGAGAAAAAGGAAUAUCCUAUACCCCAAUUUAUGAAUACUAGGUGGGUAAGAACAUAUCUAGAACAUGGAUACAUUAAUAGCAUAGCUGUAAAGAAAUUUUUAAGGAAGUACAAGGAAAAGCAAUACAAUGAAGAAAGGAAAGCUCGUAACAGGGAUUACAACCACGUCCAACAGUUGCUCAAGAGAUUCCCAGAUAUGGAUAUGGAAAAGCUGAAAACGGAGUACCCAAGUGUUGAUAUAGAAAAGGCUAAGCGCACCAAAAAAGCUAGGGGUCACUAUUUUCCCAAGUAUUAGUCCUUUGUUAAAAUGAAAUUAUAGAAUUAAAUAUUUUAACAUCUGAUAACUACUUUCAUGAAAAACUCAUUUAUGAUUCUCCAUAAGUGGAAGAUGAAAAUAAAAAAUAAGUUUAGAACACAAGUUGAUGUUUUAUUUGCCAGCAUAAUUAUUUUAUACAAUUAUCAGGUAACAUUUUAAUCAGACUUCAAGAAUAACAAUAACAUACUGAACUAAAUAUCUGAAGACAAUUAAAUGUAUUUCUACAUAGACCUCUAUUUGUAAGUAGUUAGUAGUCUACGUAUGUAGGUAGUACAUACACCUAUUUGUAUUGUAAUGAAAAGAUAUACUGUAAAGAAGCGCCAUCUCUUGGCCAAACAGAACCAACAUCUGUACAAAAGUGGGAGACCCAAAUAUUUGGACCUAAGGGGAGACCACCAAUAAUAAGUUACAAUUUAUUGAGUAUAGCCAGCUAAAGUGCCUACAAGAAAUCAAAGACAAAUUAGGUUGUUACAAGAGGUGUC